AUGGGGUUCAAACAAAGUCAUUAUGACUACUCAUUGUUCACAAAGCAGGUUGAUGGUAACACUGUGAUAGUACUAGUAUAUAUGGAUGAUCUGCUAGUCACAGGAAGUAAUCAUGAACUUCUGUGUAGUACUAGGCAGGAGAUUCAGAAUAUGUUUAAGAUGAAGGAUCUUGGGGAGCUAAAUUUCUUCCUAGGAAUUGAGUUCUCAAGGUCCAGUCAAGAGAUGAAUCAGAAACUUACAUCUCUACAAUAUGAUGAACAUGUCAAGAAUGAAGUGUCACAAGAUGAUAGUCUGCUCUCAAAUCCUACAAAGUAUCAAAGACUAGUAGGAAGGCUUCUCUACCUCACAAUGACUAGACCUGAUCUGUCCUUUACUGCACAAGUUUUAAGCCAGUUCAUGCAUUAUCCUAAACAAUCUCAUACGGAAGCUGCAUUAAGGGUAUUAAGGUAUAUCAAGGAGGCUCCUGGUUUAGGCCUAUUGAUGCCAUCAGAACCUACCACACAGCUUAGGGCUUAUUAUUACUCUGACUGGGGAGCAUGUUUAGAAACAAGAAAGUCUGUCACAUGA